AUGAACCCACCAAUCACACAGCAGCCAGGGAUCGCCACAACUACCACAGAAUUCCAGAUGACUACGAACCCUCUGAUGCCACGAGGCGUUCCACGCGAUUGGAGCUCUGGUCUUCUCGAGUGCUUCGACGACAUCCCAUCAUGUCUUAUUGGAUUUUUCUUCCACCCGUGCCAUCAAUGUUGCAUUGCUUCUGAUAUGGGAGAGAGUUGCUGCGUCCCACUGUGCCUGCCUGGCCCUCUAAUAUCGAUGAGGGCGCUUCACCGUGGACGUCACAAUGUGCAGGGCUCCCUCCUGAACGACUGUUGCACAUCCAUCUUCUGUGGCUGGUGCGCCGGAUGUCAGCUUGCACGCGAGGUACAGGGCAUCAAGAGCGGACGCAUCCCAUCAUAAAGACCUUUAAUACGGAUGACCUAUGACCUCAGAGCUGCGUUGCGUCAUGAGAUGGCUGGCGAAUGGGGCAACGAACAUCUGUGGUCUAUCUUGUCUGUUAUGAGAUGAGAGAAUGGAUGACGAUUUUCAAGACCUUUCAAUAUUUUUUUCUUUUUCCCCUUCCUUUUUAUAUCUAUUUAACUCCUUAUCCCUUUUAUGUUACUCUUACUCGGUUGUCUUUAUCUACAAUGUCUUCUUUCUUUUUUUCUGUCACUCUUUUAUUCCGUUCAUUUUCUUUCUUUCUGUCUUUAUUUUCGUAUUUUUUUCUCUCUCUCUUUACAUAUACCUUUCUAUCUCACUUUAUUUCUAUUUCCCUUCUCCCUCUCUCCCUUUCCUUCUCUAUCUCCCCAUCUCUCUUGUUUUCUCUCUCUCUCUUUCUGAUUAAAACAUAACGGCCAAUCAUCCACCAGGGACCAGAAAAUUCCUUCCUUCUUCUUCCAUUUUAGUUCUUACAUAAUGAUAUUAACUUUGUAAGAAAGUCAUCCGGCAGCUUUUGUCUUGCCCUCUUUGUACUUAGCGUUUGUAUAAUGUUAUAUCAGUUGCAAGCCUCUGUAACAUAAUUAGUAUGUCAAAUAACAUUUAUGAAUAGUGUGACACCAGAAAACUAUACAGUUUAUAACUUGAUCUGUGUUUUUCCCUAUUGUAAUGUUUGAUAAACCGCCCCCUUAGAUAAUUGCGUUUGUAUUUUGGCACAAACGUGGACCUUCUAUCUGACGCACCAUAUUAGAGUCGAGUGCACCCUCGAAUCGUGGACUGUCCACGGUAAAAUAAGUAGUGGAAUAGCAUGCGCGUGGCAAAAGAGAGGAAAAACAAUGGUGCAGGGGUAAGUCCGCGAGUGACAUUCCACACCCUGGAGGUGUCCACAUUUAGCAGUGGAAUUUCACUUACACAGGUCCACGUUUGGCGGUAGAAUUUUGGACGAAGUUUAAAAUCUACGGUAGACAGCAUUUGCUGAACUGUUAUAUGUAGUGUCACGCAAAUGCAAAAGACGGUAAAUACUUGAUGCGGAAUAGGUUAUUCCAAACACGUAAGCCAAUAAGAUUAGGGCAUACAGGUCUUGGGUAACUUUUCCUAUUUUCGUACAAAGCCUGUUGGUCCAACAUGUCCAUAGGGGUAUUCCGAUCUGUUUAUGAUCUGACGAACAUUAAUCAAACAAGCAAAGUACCGGAGGCGGAAAUCUCUUUUUCGUCUUACUUUUACUCUUAGAUACACAGAAAUAAAGAAGUUAUGGAAAUGGUUUGCAUUAUUUCUUUACUCAUAGGGGUCGCCAGUACAGAAGCUUGUUGUACCUAGGUCCCGUUGCAUAAAUGUUACCAUUAUAGUAACCUUGCCUUCCAAUGGUAACUUGUAUGGUUCAUUGAUUUUAAUCGGUUAGUGAACAGCGUUACCAUGGUAGUUAACAUCGGAUGGCAAAGUUACCAUAAUGGUAACUUUUACGCAAGGGGCCCAGAUCUUUUCCAAGGCGGCCGUCUGUAUAAGAUAAGUAACUUUCCCCCACCCGACAACGUUAAUGAGUUAUAUUUUUAGUAAUAGCUUUAACAGAAAGUGCCUUAGUUUUUAUUGAUAGUACUAAAACACGUGUGCUAGAUUAGAUGAUAUAUCUAUGUAAUCAUUCCACGAUAUUUUGUAUGCCUGUAAAUCUGUAUAUAUUUCGUUUCCAUGUUGUUACAUCUUGAAUGUUAUUAGUUAAGUGAUAUUUUUUAAGUUUCUUAUAUAUGUCUUUACAAAAUGUAAUAUUCAUGUCUUCCAGCAUGUUAUGCACAGAAUAAUGAAAUAGUUACCCCUCCCCUUCUUUCGCCCCCUCUCUCACCCCUUCUAUCAAUUCUAUCGCAUUAAUGACCACGCUUUCCCAUCUCUCUUCUUCUUCCUGCAUUUUUGUUGGUUUUGCUGAUUCAUGUGUACAAAUUCACACAAAUUUUUAAUGUAAUACAGUGCUAAUUAAUUAAAUAUUUGUUUUUAUGUUUUGAUUUAGUAUAAUAUUUCCCAUUAACUGGUUUUGAGACAACCAGGCCGUUAGAUCAAUAUGAUUCGAUAAUAUUAUUAAUAAAUGCAUGCAUAUGGUAAACUAAGUUUUACACCCGAUAAAGUAUUGUAGUUUUAUAUUAAAUAAUAAAGCUUGCUUUGUGGCAAACGAAGAAAUAA